CCUCUUGGCAGCACCACUGUACGACAAGCGUAUUGCACACGGCAUCCCACUGGCCCACGGGCGGCUGCAAACAUGACAGCCAAGCGCAGCCUGGACAGCUUCUUCUCCUCGCAAGGUCAAGGCAGCUCCGAUCACAGCGCAAAGGAUGAGCGCUCGACGGAUGCAAGGAAACGACCGGGGUCAGCGAAGGUGGUAGGCGCGAGGAUUACGCAGCCAAACGCUGCUUCGUCAGUGCAGUCGCAGUGGAUGCCAGCCGAUGAGCGCAGGCAGCUUGAGCUGGCCUUGAAGCUGUCACUUGGCUCCGUAGAGGCGUCCGGUGUGAUCAAGGAGGAGCUACCGCCCCCUUCGGCCAGUGUACGCGAACGACAAAGGAUACCCGAAGAGCUGGUGAGCCUGAGCAAGCCUAGCGCAACAAUAGCACCGUCCAUUCUCACCAAAGCGUUGACCGCAGAGGAAUCGCCAUCUGGGAAACCUUCAUCGGACGAUUCCGAGAGCAAAGUGGCUGCACUACAAGACCCCCAGCCGCAAGCCCCACCCAAGCGGUCCCUAGCUCCCAUGUUCAGCUCCUUACCCCACUCUUCCAAAGCUGCUCAAGGCCCGCAACCCACCUUCGACGACACCGACUUCGCUCCCACCGACAAGGUACAAGUACUGAAUCGCUUCUCUGGCAGCCUCGACUGCCUCUUCUACCCCUCGUGGAUCUCCUCUGUCCCAGCUCGCAAGGGACUGAGAGACUGGAUGCUCUCCUCACUACAGUGGCAUCGCGUCUGCUAUACCCGCCCCGGCACUACCUUUAAGAUCAACACGCCCCGCUUCACCACCACUUUUGGUAUGCUCACAGGGCCACAGGCGCCCCCUCUGACCAGCUACAAGAUUCGACCAAAGGAGAUUCCUGGUCCGCUGCGGGAGUUAAAGGAGCGCAUAGAGGCUAUGCAGAGUACAGGCGGCGUCGACGUGACGUACAAUGCUGCCAUUGUCAAUUUUUAUGCUACGGGAGAGGACUCCAUUUCUUACCAUGCCGACGACGAGGCCUUCCUGGGCCCAGAACCCAACAUUGCUUCCCUCUCUCUAGGAGCGACGCGUGACUUUUACCUACGCAGGAAACAGCCUGAAGGUGUGCCUGUCGCGCCAGCCACUUCUCCCUCUGGCUCCAAGGGAGUCGGUUCAGCAAAGGACCGACCAAUGGAGAAGCUCCAGCUUAGCGAAGGAGCCCUCUUGAUCAUGCGAGGCAAGACGCAGGCGGAGUGGGAGCACUCUAUACCAAAGCGAAAGGGCGUAAAGGAAGGUAGAAUCAACAUCACCUUUCGAAAGGCAAUUGAUAGGAAGGCCAUUGAUAAUUUCACGCGGUACAAUAGGGGAGACGGAGGUGGCUAUCGCUGGAAUGGGAGCAGGAUGGUGGAGGGGACUGGUGGCAUAUGAGAUGAUUCGGCUUUCAUUUCCAUUUCGAAUUCGUUAUUUGUAUCAUACAGUGUCUAAGCUUGUACCAUUGACAUAAAAGAAAGGUCUAACCAUGAAGAGCGCUUAAA